AAAAAAAAAAAAAAAGCUUCGUUCUUCUUCAUGUUAUGUCAUCCGUGAUGACAGCCUGUCAUUUCAAAUCAUUACUGCCAUCUACUGUAGCGGAGUUCACGUUUCAGCUGCUAUGUAUGAGUGGUACAAUAGUGUCCACUAGCGAUCAUAACGGGCCUGACAUUUUUGGGGGGGGAUUCGGCACAACCUAGAGGCCAUGUGUGGUACUUAAUAUUUCCUAAGCGUGAAAAUACCGAUCCAUCGACGCUUUGUCAACGAAGCAGUUGCCUGUCAGCUCAGUGCUAGAACUGCUUGAAUGUAGGUUGGAACGGACCAUCUGCAUGGGCUAUAUCUCUCAUCAACCCAGCGGCAAGACAAGGAUCCAAGAAUGGUUUUAGUGCAUGUCGGAUAUCUGGUUCUUCCUGUAUUUGGCUCAGUAAGAAAUAGAGUUUCGAGGCUGGCUCUACAUUCUGCAUUUAUCAGAUCUUUGUCGUCCCUCCCAUUGUGUAGCUAAUGAUCAUCUGCUGCUGUGUGGUGUGGCGUGGCCUCUGCCUGUUCUCUGCAUUUAGCUGUAUUGAAUCCCUUCUUCAUUUCCUCUUUCCAUCAGAAGACGACAUUGGUGUAUAUAUAACAACAACAAAAAUGUAUCAUUCAACCAUAGAGUAUAUGUGGAAAAACUAAAACAAAUAGCUAACACCUAUAGAAUAACUUUUUGUCUUUGUCAAGUUGUUGUAGAGUUAACACAUUUUUAGCUCUUAAAGAGAAUCAAAUGUAUGUCAUUGUGUACCUCCCAUUCAGUCUUGAUUAUGACAACAGCCUACUGUAAAUCCCUGUAAAGUGGAUACAUUUUGCAUGGAUUCUAUUUCUGCAUUGCUUUACUGAACACCAGAAUUUGGCUAAUUUUCUUAUUUUUUUCCCSUAUGGAAAAUGCAUUGUACAAAGGUAGCUAAGUAAUAGUAUCUUUUGCUCCAAUUGGCAUUCUUUUUACAUGUACAAUUACAUGUAAAGCUUAUGCAUUGUCAUAUUUCAUUGAAUAUGAUCACACACACAAUCAUAAUUAUCCURGUGGUCAUCGGAGUGAUUUCAAAAUAGACAACACAUCAACAUUUUAUAAAUACUGGUACACUUCACCUCUUCCCAACAACCUGUCAUAACCGCCUCCAUUUGUGUAACCCUUUUGUUCUUGAAAAUUUAAAUCUUUGAAACACUGAAUUAUCAGGCCUUUUGCUCACUAAAGCCAAAACCAAAUCGUAAUGCUAUAKGUGGUUGUUCACUUCCCAAUGAGCCUCCCCACUAACAAAAGUACAAAAUGCUAUCCAUUUCACAGGGAUGCUUAUCUCCUGCACUGCUACAGUAAAUCUUCUAGUAGAGUAAUAAGGUAUUUUAUUGUUUGGUUGUGGUCUCUCUUUACCUUUUUGUUCUGGUAAUGGUGCUUUCAAUGCAUGGUCACAUUAUGAUUCAUAUGAUUUUGUUUUUUUACAUUGAAUAGUAAAUUCCAAUGUAAUCUUUCUGUAGUAAAGAUGUACCCUACCGUGCUGUAGCCAACCACAUCUGCUCAUUAGAUGCUGCUUCUGUUCUUAUUAACCCUAUAUGGAGCAUGGUGGGCCUUGCCUUCAGUCAAUGUUGUUUAUUUUUGUUGCAUGGUGUUUAUAUUAUCAUUAUUACAAAAACACAAAUUCCACAAACUAAUAUUUUUCAAUAAAGAAUAUAGUCUUUUUCCUAACCUUCAGUGUGCUUCUUGCUGAUUUCCAUUUACUGUCUUUAGCCCUCCCCUCGUCCCUACCUGCCCCCUUCCACCCCACCCACCUCUCCCGCUGUGACAAAGAUAGACAAUUUCAAUGCUUUUAUCAUCACAAGGCCUGAAUGAGUCUAUCCCCUGUCAUUCAUGGUGAUUGUACCACUGAGACAAUUGAAAGUGCAGUGUGCCAUCGUUGAUCCUUGGAUCAAAUGCUUCUCUAUUAGGAUUUAACCAUUCUGAUUAGUGACUGGUUAGGAGCUGAAUGUGACAAAAAAUAACCCACCCCAUUCAGAUGUUUCUGGAAGAUUACAGACCCUUGACUAUUUUACAAGGCAUUUUGUAGCACUGCACCUUCAAGUCUACUCCAACUUAAUGACCCAAAUGCAAUGUAGACUUUGCCUUUUUCUCAAUUGUAGGGCUUUCACCUGUUUUCAUCUGAAUGUGUUAUCCACUCUACCACCAACACUUUAGCAUGUUCUUCAUGUUAGAAAAGGUGAAGGUGACUUUCACAAAGGCCUAUACAUAGGUUCGUCCUACAAUGUUUGUGCUAGGCUGCGUAUAGCUCAGGGUAUAGAGUCACUUUACAUUUGUUUGAUGUUCUUUUUCCAGGACUUCUCUUGCUGCCCGAGUCCAAAAUGCAUUUUACCACAAUGGAAAACAUGUCACACUACGAAAUCUCGUCCUAUAAAUUGUGUUCUCCCCUUUCAAAKAUAUUUUGUCAUAUUGCCAUCAAUGUCUCAAUGCAGCCUAGGCCACCUUCAUGCUAAUUGCAAUCCAUUCCCAUUCCUAUCAAUGUUAUUUCCAUUAGAAUUGUCAGCCCUAUAUAGUAUGGAGACAGUGUACUGUAACUGUGGUGCACUGUACUAGUCUCUGAUUCAACAGCAGCCUGUUCUCUUCAGCUGCCAGAUAGCUGUGGUUGGAAGAGGGGAAAAGUACUGUCAAGCUAUUUCCUCUGCACCAAUGAAUCUACACAUGGGAAACGUUUGGGUAGCAGUGUGUGUCAGUGAGAGUAAGAUACAGGCCUAGGCAGUAUUAGAAUUGAUUUCUUGAAGGAGAUAGACAAAUAUGUUGUAGGCUUUAUGUAGCCUUGGCCUUGACUCGUGCUCAUAGAUAUUUCACAUCUUGGCAUUUGCUGUUAGAUAUUUCUGGGUAGUGAUGUAUAAACAGACACAUCAUUGAUGUUGUGCGAUAUAAUGUUACCCACAGUUCAAAAAGUGAAACAGUUAUCAGAGAAAGGACACACUCACAGCAAUGCUAUCACAUUGUUAAAAUCCUCAGUGAUUCUAAAGGAUGAACAGUUUGUGUCAUAAAAAAAUAAAUAUCUUAGGAAUAGAUGUUCUGCCUUUUGUCCCACUGUGGAUCAAUGAUGUCAUUCAUCUGAAUGUCACACUAGAUCUUGAAGUUGGAGAACAUUUCUGGCAGAACUUCUAUCAAAGGGUUUCGAGGUCGUUCUGAUAUUUUACAGAACACUUCUGGCAGAACUUCUAUCAAAGGGAUUCGAGGUCAUUCCGAUAUUUUACAGAACACUUCUGGCAGCACUUCUAUCAAAGGGAUUCAAGGUCAUUCAGAUAUAUUACCGGUACCCCUAGAUAUUAAAACUAGAUUAAUUUGAAAAGCACUCUGUUACACGAUUUAAAUGCACAAUCCUGGGCACGCACAUUGCCGAAGAGUCAGAUGCCCAGAGGUGAGAAUCCAACCAGAAGGUCAGAUGUCACAUGAUGCCAUAAUAGACCGUGUUUGGAAGUAUUAACAUUUUCCAUGCAGGUUUGAAUGUGUUACUUCACCAUAUCUCCCUAUCCCCUGAUGUAAGUUUCACCAUAGGUAAGACUUAGGGCUUUUGUAAAGAUCCUCCUACAGAAACACAAUUACAUCACACAAACACACACUCCAUGUCACAUACACAAUAAAUUCUAACCUACCGUUUCUCUCUCAGGUGUCUGACUCCCUCUCAUUGUUUCCACAGGAUCCCACUUUAACCGGCAGCAGCAGCAGCAUAGCCAUGCUACCUCUUGCCGGCACUUCCAGCUAGGCCCUCAGGCCCAGCUGCCAAUUGACUUCCCAAUGCCCCACCCAGGUCAGCCCCAGUCGGGCAUCAACCCCCACCUGGCUCCCCCUGGCCACCAGCAUUCUCCCCAGCUCCACCCGCCCCUCAACCCCAUACCCCCCACACCCCAGUUCCAGGACCUUUCUGCCCCCCCUUUCCUACCUCAGACCUUACACCAGCAGUACCUCCUCCAGCAGCAGAUCCUAGAGACCCAGCACCGGCGCAUCAUGCCACCUUCCAGCAGACACCAGCCCCACAGACUGCGGCCGGGUUACGAGUUUGCUCCCGCCCUCCACAUCCCCCCACAGCCUGCGGCCCAGCAGCCUCGCUACCUGGCUGAAGGCACAGACUGGGAUUUGAGUGUGGACGCGGGGCUCCCUCCUCCUCAGUACCACGUCCGCCCACUGCCCCAGCACUACCAUCACUACCUGACAUCUCCCAGGAUGCAUCACUUCCCCAGGAACAAUGCCUCCACCCAAGUGGUUGUCCAUGAGAUCAGAAACUACCCGUAUCCUCAGUUACACCUGCUGGCCCUGCAGGGCCUCAACCCCUCCCGCCACGCAUCCGCUGUGAGAGAGAGCUAUGAGGAGCUACUGCAGCUGGAGGACAGGUUGGGCAGUGUGAACCGGGGGGCUGUCCAGACCACUAUUGAAAGGUUUACCUACCCUCACAAAUACAAGAAGAGGAUACCUCAGGACCUUAAGCUAGGGCUGGUGGAUGAGGAAUUGGAUACAGAUGAGAAGUGUACCAUCUGUCUAUCAAUGCUGGAGGAUGGAGAGGAUGUCAGGAGAUUACCCUGCAUGCACCUCUUCCACCAGGCGUGUGUGGACCAGUGGCUGGCCACCAGUAGGAAAUGCCCCAUAUGCAGGGUGGACAUUGAGACCCAGCUGGCACCAGACAGCUGAUGCCUCCUUUCCCUGCCCCCAUCUUGUAAAACCCCACCUCAUCCCUAGGGGGAGCUCUGCCAAACGUCCCCCUUCCCAUCUGCAUCACAUAUGAGCCUGCCUUCUGAGCCAGCUGAAGAAGACAAUGAACGGGAGGGGAGGUGAGAGGGAUUAACAAAGCACACUGAUCCAAACAAUAGAGAAACAAAAGAGGCUGAUGGAUGGAUGGGUGGAUGGAUGAAGAAGAGAGGCAGAAGGGUGCCAGUAUGUAUGGACAGAUUUGCAGGGCCUUGAUGAGUCUCCAUCAGGGUUUUGCACCGUAGCAUUAGCUUCUCCAUACACUCAGAGAUGAGAUCCGCCAUUAAACCCCCUAGCGAGCGUGUGUGUUGUGUUGUUGGGUUUGUAUAUAGGCCUAUUCUCUACCGCUGAUGUGUACUGGUCUCACUCCCUCUUGAUGAAACCCAAAACACUGAGCUCUAGCUACAGCACAUCUGUGCGAAACAUGACAAGAUAUGAAAUCAGCYGGGGGGUGUUUCUUGAAAUGAGCUUCUGUGGCCUAAUACAUAUUGUGUUAUGGAGUGUAGUAGUCUUGUUAUUGAUCACCAGUAUUUAACAGGGUGACAGUGUGGUGUAGCAAGCAAAAA